CAGUCUGAGCUGAGCCGAGCUGAGGCUGCGGAAUGUGCUACGUGGCAACCGGGCAGGGGCUUGCAGGACGCGCGCGGAUGGGAUAACGAUGGGCCGAGCGAGAAAACAAUGGCCCAGCGAGUUAUAUCGGGCUUCGGCCCGAGGCCGAUUCUACGCUUGCGAUUGGACUUUUCAAUUUCCUCUAAAAAAAAGGGAAAUUUUGAAGCAGACAGUUUAGCAAAGUUUUCACUAUCUCUAGAUUCUGGCUAGUUUCACCUCAUGACUUUGUAAAAAUUCCUCCGAACUUUUUUGUUGAAGAACGCGUGAAGAGGUUUCUCAAAAAAAAAAAAAUCAUCUAAAGAACGGAUUGAACUUUUCAAUUUUGGAUUAUUACUAUAAAAGGUCCUUUUGCAAUAUUUAUAAUCAGCUAAAUGCUGUGUUCCAAUUCCAACCACCAAAUCAUGGCCACUUCUUUCCACGUACGCCACCUACUAAAAUAGCACUUCCUCGGAGUGCUGUAUCUUUGCUGUCUCGAGGGAGGACGACUCUUUCUGGCUGGGUGCUCGUCCUCCUCCUCCAACUUCUUCUCCCCUUGUCUUCACGUUUCAGAAAUCCAUCCGCCCGCCAUAGAGGCACCGUGUUAUGCUAUCACGGAGAAGCCCACGAAGAAGCUCUGAAGAAGAUUUUGACAACGAGAGGUAGCUGCUCUCCAACCAUCGUCUAAGUUUCCAAGGGCAGAAAACAACGUGCCGGACACGCGGCGGCCACGACGACGACGAUGCAGCCUGGGGGCGCGAAGACGCGGUUCGGCCGGUGCCCGUACUGCCGCGCCAUGAUCUGCCAGAGCAUCACCGCCGCCAUCUACUACUGCACCAAAUGCCGCACUCCGAUCCGAGGCAAGAACACGGAGCCGACGGAUGAUGAAACGGACAACGGUCUGAGCAGUCUGGAGAUCCUCUCGGCCGUGGACACCGAGUCGGUCUUCUCCGACGAGCUCGAGGGUUCCUCUACGCAGCCCUCGGUCAUCGACGUCGACGGCGACCAGCCUCCCUUCUCCUGCGGCUACAACUCCAAUUCCGAUGCCAACAGCCAGGGGAUUGCGGCUGCUUCCUCGCCGUCGCCGUACAGAGGCUUCGGUUCACCACGGGCCGGCACGCCUCGGAGCAAUAGCUGCGUACCUCGGGGCGUCGAAGACGGCCUCGUUGGCUCGGAUGGACAGGACGAGGUUCGAGUAGUUCGACCGGUGAACAGUCGCGUCGACGCGCUCCGGGCGUCGUCUCGGCGGACGAGGCGGGCGUCGAGCGCUUCCGACCCGAGCAUUCUGCGUCUACGGGACUUCUCUGUCUCCGAUCCCGAGCAGGCGUCAAGAAACGCGUCGACCGGGCAGCAGCUCCGGCAAUCAGCGCUGAGCUCUAGGGAGCUCAGGACGUCUGCCAGCGUGUCCGCUGCCACUGCGUCGCCCCUGACGGACCCGGCGUUCCAAAGGGACCUGCUGCACGCGCUGGACAAGCUCCGGGGCAUGAUCGCCAACAUCGAGCUGCAGCCGCGGUCGGCGAGCGGCGGGAGCGGGGCGGUGACGCGGCGCGACUCUCGUUUGUUCCGGCGGCUGGAGUCGCGGCUCGCGGAGGAGCUUCCCGCCGACGACGCUGCGGCACGUGGCCCGCGCCAGAACGGUUACUCGAGCACCGGCUCCGCCUCGUGGUCGUCGUCGGCGUCGUCGUCCAGCGGACGGGGCGAGCGGCGGGCGGCGAGGCCGCGGAGGAGGCGCCACUGCCUCCCGGUCCUGGGGGGCGCGCCGUUCGUCGUCUGCGGCGGGUGCUCCGAGCUUCUCCAUGCGCCCACGUCGGCGGUGCCGUCCAGGAGGAGGGGAAACGUCAGGCUGCGGUGCGGCGGGUGCGAGGAAGUGCUCGAGGUGGCGCUUCCCGCGGCCGCGGGUAUCGCUGGCCCGGCGCGCCAGACGAGCAGGGUGUCCGGGUCAGGUGAGCUGGAACGCGCGGCGAGCAGGAGCGGCGGCAAGCAGCAGAUGCCGUUGCUGCUGCACCGCGCGCUGGGGUACGACUCGAUGAGCCAGCUUCUGCAGAGCCGGCGGUACUAAAGUGCUGAGAGAUUUUGAUUUUUGAGCGAGCUUUUUACAUGUUCUUUUUCACUAGUGGUUCUAAGAUAGCAGUGUGGUACUGGUAACUGGCCUUUGGGAGUUGUGGCAAUUGUUACAUGUAUAAACGUGAUUCUUCUGUCUUUUUAUGGCGCAUGAAAACAGAUUGGCAUCACCACAAAAUCCAAGCCUUUUUUUUAAGUCUCCGAAGGCCUCCUUCGGUUUGAAGGAAUUUUAUAGAAAAGCAUA